CCCCCCUGAGUAGCACGUGAGACCGCGCGCGCGUUGUUGUGAUGCGCGCUUGGACUCAACCUCAACUCAAGGCCCCUAACUCUUCAACAACAACAACAACGUCAACUCAAGGCUGUUGUAUAAAACUCUUCAACUUUGACUUCAACUUAUUCUCAUCAAGGCCAUCUAUAGAAUUAUCAUUCUGAGCGGACUCACACAGAAAACGAGGGAUCUUCAUUUGGAGAUUGAGAUGGAUCAGCAUGAUCCACCAGUGUCUGAACUACUGCCGCUCAUGCGGGCUGCAUCAAUGUCACCAAAAGGACCAAAGUGGUCUCUGCAGGGCUCCGCUGACAGCGACGGGGAAUGGGGUCCGUCACAGAGUGUGAGGAAGUCUCAGAGGCCGAGGAACUGCACUCCCAUAGAUAGUGGCUCUGAGAGCGACUUUCGGCCAGUUGUGAAGGAGGAGAUAAAGAUUGAAGUCACUUCACCAAGGGUUGAGCGGCCGUCGUCUCCCUCGGUGUCGGACGACGAUCCUUUCUCGGACCUCGCUCUGCAUUCUUUAGUGAAGGAGGAAAAGUACCGACCUCGAUCACCGUCACCGUCUGAGGACUUCAUCGGGUUCACUGAGGUGGACCGGGACAGUGCCUGUUUCAUCUCCAAUGCAAAAAGGAGUCUGUUACUUGGUUGUUCGUCUGCCAUUCGAGACUCUACUGAAGUUUUUGCUGAUACAGUGUUCAUCAAGAGUCAACGUCUCGUCAUUAACUACCGUGAUGUGGACGGUUUCGAUGAUAGCAACAUAUUUUGUGACGUGUGCUGCCGCGAUUGGGACGGUGAAUGUCCCGUCCAUGGACCGCUAAAGAUAAUACACGAUACCAAGGCACGACCCGGUAUCGGAGAUGUCGACAGGGACGUCAAGACCCUGCCGCCUUCUCUCAGCUCUGGUCAGUCGACAAAUCCAGCGUCUGGCACCGGAGUUUUGGCGGAGAAGGACAUACCUGCGCGCCAAAGACUCGGUCCCUACGAGGGAACCUUGACCACCGAGCAGGGUCAGGCCCGAACUCGAACAACCGGGUACAGAUGGCAGAUCAAGAAGGGUAAGCGCGUGCAUCACUCGGUGAAUGCCGAAGACCCGAGCUGCAGCAACUGGCUCAGAAGGGUCAACUGUGCCCGCUCGGAGGAAGAACAAAACCUAGUGGCCUUCCAGUACCGGGGCCAGGUAUACUUCAGGACGUCAAAGGCCAUUCCGCGGGGCUCUGAGCUGCUGGUGUACUACGGAGACGACUCGGCCCGGGAACCGACCGUCCACUCGGAGACGUCUGAGGAGUCUGUGACUUCCUCUCCGGCCGGACCUUCAUCUUCAGGCAUAAGUGGCUCGAUUCAAUGUCCCCACUGCGACUUCCGAUGCUGGGGAAAGCAACGUCUGGACGGACACGUGAAGACAAGUCACGGUCACAUCGACAGGAACGGCAGAUUCAAGUGCGAGUGGUGUCAAUACUCGACCGACAAGCCCACAAGCAUGAAACGUUGCCGAAGGACUCACACUGGGGAUAGGUCGCAAUGCUGCUCCAUCUGCACGGUGCGGUUCACUAAACAGUCCAACCUUACCAAACACAUGGCGAUCCACACUGGAGAGAGGCCGUACGGCUGCUCCAUCUGCACUGCAAGGUUCACUGUUCGAUCAAGCCUUAAAAAUCACAUGCGGAUCCACACUGGGGAGCAGCCAUACGGCUGCUCUAUCUGCUCGGCCCGGUUCACUGAACGGUCCACCUUCACCAAGCACGUGCGAACCCACACUGGGGAGAGGCCGCACGGCUGCUCUAUAUGCACUGCACGGUUCGCUCAACGGUCACACCUCAUCACGCACAUGCGUAUCCACACGGGGGAGCGGCCGUACUGCUGCUCCAUCUGCAUGGCACGGUUCGCUCGACGAGGGAAUCUCAUCAAACACAUGAGGACCCACACGGGGGAGCGGCCGUACGGCUGCUCACACUGCCAGGUCCGUUUCGCUAACCGGUCUCACCUCACUACACACAUGCGGACCCACACUGGGGAGAGGCCGUACGGCUGCUCUAUAUGCACUGCACGGUUCAUUGAUCGAUCACACCUCACCAGACACAUGAUGACUCACACUGGGGAGCGACCGUUCGGCUGCUCCAUCUGCACGGUACGCUUCGCUGAACGGGGACACCUCAAGGCACACAUGCGGACACACACUGGGGAGCGGCCGUACGGCUGCUCUAUCUGCAAGGCACGGUUCACUCAAGGGACAAGUCUCACCUUACACAUGCGUACUCACACGGGGGAGCGGCCGUACGGCUGCUCACACUGCCAGGCCCGGUUCGCUCAACGGGCAAAGCUUAUCAGACACAUGCAGACCCACACGAAGACUGGCAGCACUGCUGCGACUACUGUCUAACGGUUCAGUAGUUUGACGCAAAAACUCGAUUUUAACUGGUACACAGUUUUGAGAAUUACACAGGUUUGACUGAUGCGGUAAAUGGCUUGGUUGGCGAAAUGCAAUGCUGAAAUAUCCCGACAAGUGCAUGACCGGCUGUCGUCAUACGUUUGAUAUAUUAGUGUUAUACAUCUUUUUACGCCCAAUUUAGGGCGGCAGUGCGCACAUUUCAGUAAUAGUGGGGGCGAUUCCGACAGUAUGCCAUAGUCUGUCAAUGGCGAUUUGUCGCAAUCGGUUGCACUAUUAUUGAGCUGCGUCCACUAUGUCUAUAUUUAGUCGUAAAAAGGUGUAGCUGUGGUUCUCGUUUGUGAGCUUCUUGGCUACCCGUGUGAGUGUCACAUCUUGUUUCUUUAUGUUAACACACGGUGAUUCAGUAGUUGUGUUCUUAACUAUCCGCCUCCACAUAGGAGUUAAGGAGUGUCGCUGUUUGGUACAGUGUCGUAGCGCUGUGAUUUGUGAAUAAUGUCCAGCUACUUUGAGGGACAAUACAUUUUUCGUGACCACCA